AUGUGCACAUUUCACCCCAGGUGCCUGCUCUUCAGCUUCCUCUCAGUGAGUUCGACCAAUGAUCCAGAUAAAAGGUUUGGUUGCUUCAUGAAAGACAGCAUUACAGGAACCUUGCCAAGACUGCACCGGAUGGGUGCCAUUUCUGGUCGCUCUUUAAAGCAGUGUCCUCAUCAAAUAAGUGCUUGCCACCGAGACACAUAUGAAGGACUUGAUAUGAGAGGAUCCAACUUCAAUAUCUCUAAGACCAACAGUGUCGAAGAAUGCCAGAAGCUAUGCACAAAUGAUAUUCACUGCCAAUUUUUCACAUACGCUACCGAUGCAUUUCAUAGGCCCGAGUACCGGAACACCUGUCUGCUAAAGCGCAGCUCCAGUGGGACACCCACCGGUAUAAAGACACUGGAUAACCUGGUAUCUGGAUUCUCACUGAAGCCCUGCGCACUUUCAGAGAUUGGUUGCCCCAUGAAUAUGUUCCAGCAUUUCGCCUUUGCAGACCUAGAUGUGGGCCAGGUCAUGACCCCUGACGUGUUCGUGUGUCGUACCAUCUGCACCUUCCACCCUUCCUGCCUCUUCUUCACAUUCUAUACGAACGAACGGCAGGUAGAAUCCCAGAGGAAUGUUUGCUUUCUUAAGAUGUCUAAAAGUGGUGCUCCAAGUCCCUCUAUUCCUCAAGAAAAUGCUAUCUCCGGAUACAGUCUCUUCACCUGCAGAAAAGCUCGCCCUGAACCCUGCCACUUCAAACUUUACUCUGGAGUUGACUUUGGAGGGGAAGAACUGAAUGUGACCUUCGUGCAAGGAGCGAAUGUGUGCCAAGAGACUUGUACAAAGACAAUUCGCUGUCAGUUCUUCACUUACUCAUUACUUCCAGAUGACUGCAAGGUGGAGGGGUGUAAAUGUUCCUUAAGGUUAUCCACUGAUGGCUCUCCAACUAGGAUCACCUACAGCACAGAUAGGAGUUCUGGUUAUUCUUUGAGAUUGUGUAAAGCUGUGGACAGCCCUAUCUGCACAACAAAAACAAACGCACGGAUUGUGGGAGGAACAAACUCCUCUUUAGGGGAGUGGCCAUGGCAGGUCAGCUUGCAGGUGAAGCUGGAAUCUCAGAAUCAUCUGUGUGGAGGGACCAUCAUUGGACAACAGUGGAUCCUGACAGCUGCCCAUUGUUUUGAUGGGAUCCCCUACCCAGACGUGUGGCGUAUUUAUGGCGGGAUUCUUUAUCUGUCAGAGAUUACAAAAGAAACGCCUUUCUCAAGAAUACAAGAACUCAUUAAACAUCAAAAAUAUAAAAUCUCAGAAGGCAAUUACGAUAUCGCCCUAAUAAAGCUUCAGACGCCCUUGAAUUACACUGAAUUCCAAAAGCCAAUAUGCCUGCCUUCCAAAGAUGACAGAAAUACAAUUUACACCAACUGUUGGGUGACUGGAUGGGGCUACAGGAAGGAGCAAGGGAGAUUCUGGUGGCCCCUUAGUUUGUAA